AAGCAAGUCAGUUUUUUGAUUGCCUUCUUUCUUGAAAUACUUGUCACAGAUGCAGUUUUUCCUCACAUUGUUCCAAACAGACUUCAGUUUUUUGAAUAUAAGUCUGUCUCUGUACAUUGUGAGGAAGAUAACAAUGCCACUGAAUGGAGCGUGAAGUGGAACUCUUCCUACACAUCGAGCACAUCACCAUCGCCCUACACAAUUUAUCCCACCUUUGAAAGUCACAGUGGAGAAUACUGGUGUGAAAAUGAACAUGGAAUAAAAAGUGAGGCUGUGAACAUCACUAUUACCGCUGGUGUUGUAAUCUUGGAAAGUCCAACCUACCAUGUGAAAGAGGGAAAUGAGGUGAUCUUUAACUGUAAAAACAAGAAAACUCAGUCAGAACACAUAACUGACUUCUACAAAGAUGGUGUCUCUCUCGGGACCUGGUAUCAAAACAGCAUGACCAUCAAAAAUGUCUCCAAGUCUGAUGAAGGACUCUACAAGUGCAGCAUAUCUGGAGUUGGAGAAUCACCAGAGAGCUGGCUAGCUGUAAUAAAACAACGUGAAGCCUACGAAGAGACUGGUCUUUCACAAAGUCUCUUCCCUGAGACACUCAAUCUGCUGUGGACUGUUAUCUGUGUUUUAUUGGUGGAUCUGUCAUUGGUGGUGUUGGGGCUGCUUUAUCAAAACAAACACAAAGUAUCAACCUGUUUUUCAUUAGAACGAAAUUCUUGCACACAUGAAGACGACAAAG